AGAGGGGAGAAUACCGCUGCGCUUCGACCAAGGACAGCGCCACAACGAACGAACAUUCAGCACCACGGACAGCUCUUCAGGCGCGGCAGAAGCUCCCAACGCGACAGCGGCAAGCGGCGCGGCGCCACUCUGUCUAGAAAACUGAAAGCUGCAUUUAAGACAUUAGAAGCGGGUGGUUUGUGAACAAAUCUGAUCAACAUUACUAUUUUAUAACGACUUUGCGUAGGUAUCAUCCAAUAACUAAUUACAACGAGUUUGACCAGUGAUGCUAUUUCCCUAUUAUCUCCACUGCUUGGAAAACAUGCUCAUUGCAGAAAUGCUGUGUUUUGAUACAGGUAGUCUACUGCCUGACUACAGGAGCAUAAAGAUGUGUCUCUGAUUAUAUCCCUACUAAAAGAAGUAGCCCUCAUUUUACUGAAACUAUAGGCUACAUAUUCUCUCCUCUCUGGACUGGAGCCCCCCAUCCUUUAUACUGACGGCGUUGCGGCGGUGGGCGGGACACGCAGCAGUGACUGUACAUGAUUAGCUCCUGAAGGGCGCUGUCACCCACUAGCCCAAUCCGAGCCGAGCGGUUCGGCCUCAGGCGGAGUUUGAGGAGACCCGCGGUUAGUUUUAGUUUGUGUUGGUUGGACCGAGAGGAGGAGGAGGAGGACGAGGAGGAGGAGGAGGCGACGGCUGUCAUUUUUUUCAUUUGUACCGACGGGCACGUUUCUCUGGAGCAAACCCAGGCGGGUGUAACUGUCCUACAGUCUCCAUCAGCAGGCGUCUUAUCGGACGGUCUGUCCCCAUUGCGGUUGAACUUCGGCAACGAGAGAGAGCGAAGACGGCUGUUUUGUGGAAGACAUUUGAUUAUUCCGUCUCGGUGUCAUUUGGGUGCCUAUUUAAAGCCCGUUCAACUUAAAUACCCGUGCUGCGUGCCUCUCCACUGCAGAUAAUGCAUUAAAAAAAAUGAAUUUAUGUUAGCGGCUGCGUGUUUGGAUGAGUUUCUGUAGCCUAUAGCCUACUCUGGACAUCGAGGAGGAAGGAAAAAAGCAUGUCAGUGAGUCAACAGCUGGAGCCGAAAACACACGACGGAUUUCGGUCAACGUCCGCUCUCUCUCUUCAUAGCUGACGUAUGGGCUUUAUUAAUCUGUCCAUUCAUUCAGUAAUUCAGCAGGAAGCCGAGCAACAAAGAAUAAACCCACUGUACCGCCUCAUAUUUUGGCGCUGCUGUAAGAGAGAUUGUCGAGGAAGGACAUCCUUCACCGGUCAACAAAUCCAGCGGUGAGUGAGGAACAGUGAUGUUUUAGUAGAAACACUCCUCCCUUGACUUAUGCUGUGCGGUUACAUCAAUCAAGAAAACAAACUAACCCCCCUUUUGCUCUUGUUUUAAAGAUGGAGUCCUCACAUGCAGACCUUGGUUGUUAAGGGUUAACAGAUUAAAAAAAGGGAGCUGUUUUGGAAAAUCAGAAGUUAGAAAAGAGGAAGGAAGGAAGGAAGGAAGGAAGGAAGGAAGGAGAAGAAGAGGAGAGAUAAAGGGGAAACGGAGCAAAAAAAAAAGGAGAGGAGAGAGACGAGAAGAUCUCUGGUUACUGGUGGAUAAGGCGGCUCUAACGCAGCUCGCCCAGCCUAACCGUGGGACUAAAAAACGGAAGGAGAGGCAGAAUGUGUCAUCGCCGUUACCCUUUGCUCUGACUGAGUGAGUGCAGUGUCGGGUAGUCGGGGACAACCGGUGGUCGUUAAACCUCCGGUGUGUGCGUGCGUGUGUAUGUAUGAGGGUGGUGGUGGUGGUAAAAACCGGUUUUUGAUGCGCGAGAAAGUGACGUGCCGCCCUCCCACCUUCCCGCCCUUUGCCACGAACCGCUUGUCAACUCAACGGACAAGGCAGCCGAGUACUUUAUUUUUCGCUCAAUACUUAUAAAUUCACCACCUUAACAAUAUUUUCUAUUUAUUUUUUUUGAGUGCCUGUCUGUUGAACCCUUCACUGACUCUCCAAAUCUCGCGGGAUAUAAAGGAAAUAAAAGGGUGAAUCUAAAAGAGAGGAGCAAAAGAGAUUAAGACAAACAGGAGCCGCCUAUAUGAAGAUGCUGAUGUGUGACCGCGGCGUCCAGAUGCUCGUGACGACGGUGGGCGCGUUCGCCGCCUUCAGCCUCAUGACCAUCGCCGUCGGUACCGACUACUGGCUGUACUCGCGCGGGGUCUGCCGCGUGAAGAGCAGCGGCGACAACGACACGAGCCGCAAGAACGAGGAGGUGAUGACGCACUCCGGCCUCUGGCGAACCUGCUGUCUGGAAGGAACAUUCAGAGGUGUGUGUAAGAAGAUCGAUCACUUCCCAGAGGAUGCGGACUAUGAAGCAGAUGCUGCUGAAUACCUCCUCCGUGCUGUGCGGGCCUCCAGUAUCUUCCCCAUCAUGAGUGUGGGUCUGCUGUUCCUGGGGGGGCUCUGUGUGGCCGCCAGUGAGUUUUACCGGAGCCGACACAAUGUCAUCCUCAGUGCAGGAAUCUUCUUCGUCUCUGCAGGUCUAAGUAACAUCAUAGGAAUUAUUGUCUAUAUCUCAGCCAACUCGGGUGACCCGGGCCAGAGCGACAGUAAAAAGUCCUACUCCUACGGCUGGUCCUUCUACUUUGGCGCCCUAUCCUUCAUCAUGGCAGAAAUGGUGGGUGUGCUGGCCGUGCACAUGUUCAUCGAGAAGCACCGCAAGCAACGGGCCAAGUCCCGCACCGAGCUCAUCAAAAAGUCCGCCUUCAGCCGCAUCCCCUCCUAUCGCUACCGCUUCCGGCGUCGCUCCAGUGUUCGCUCAUCCGAGGCCCCGAGCCGUGACACCUCACCGCUGGGGAAAGGCGGCUACACAGGCCCCGCCGCCUCCGAGAUGCCCAUGUACACGCUAAACCCACGCGAGGCAGGCAACCCCGGCACCAAACCUGGCAGCGGCAUGGGCGGGCUGCUCAACUCAGAAAGGGAUUUCCUCCAGAGCAGCACGCUCACUAAAGACUACAGCAAGGACCCCAACCGCAGGACCACGCCUGUCUGAGAGGUUCCUGGCUGCAGAUAUCGCCGAAUCAAAGUAUCAAAGAGAAGGAUGAUGAGAAAUACAGGGGGAGUGCAAGCAAAAGCAGGGGACACACAGGGUUACGCGGGUGGGAAUGGGGUUUGAUAAACUUUGACUGUGAACUGUGAACUUUUAGCCUUUGAACUGUGAAUCCUGAGCCCUGUGAGAGUUUCAGUGUGUGUAGCAGCGUCGGUUUUGAUGGAGAAAUUGUUCCCAACUCCACUUUACCACAUAUCACUGUACUUAUACCUGUAACUCCUUACAUAUGAAGGCACAUUCGAUUUAUGUUCAUGAGUGUUAUGUUCAUAAAUUGACUUUCCGGCUUUUUUGCGGGGGAAACGGGAUUGACCCAAGUUUAAAAGCAUAUCGUAAGUGGUUUGCUGUUUGGGACAACUUCUCCUAAAAAAAAAAAAAAUGAAAAUAAUGUGAACCAAAGGAGAAGAGGAAAGAGUUGAGAGACUCUGUGUGAUCUCUGUCCUCCUGACCUUUUGGAUAGAAGUUGGAUUAGUGCAGGGUACAGCCGUUGAGCUCCGAGCUGUCUCUCUGAUUACGAUGCUAUUUAAAAGUGCGGACGUUAACACCUCAGGAUAGGGAUUGAUUCAUUUUCAGUUCAGCUGGAUUCAAAAAUAUUAAUUGAAGAUGCAGUUUGUCCAUUUAUGGCAGCACAUUUGUGGCACUAGUUAUUAUUUUCUAUACAUAUUGUAUAUAUACUCCUUUCAUAUUGAUUGAUGGAAAUGCUCACUUCAUAACUGACUGAACUGAAACUGAAUUGAGCUCAUUCCUGGUAACAUUUACCCCCAUCUCUCUGAUCCCAGGUCAGUCGUUAAACCUGCGUAGAGGUUUUUGAUGAAGAGAAACGGGUACACUGACUACAGAUCAGCUGUUCGGGAGGAAAAGGUGGGACUCCACAAAAAUAAUGAAUCUCUUUUAGAUUGUUACGUUACAUCAUUGGUGCUUCCUUUUACCCCUGUUUUCAGCCACCCGAAAUCUCGUCAUCUCUUGAUUUAUUUAUUUUUCACCUGAAACUUAAAGAGAUGAUCAAAUGUGUGUCCGUCUGUCCGCCUUCACUGGUCACCUUUCACCUUACACAUUUUUCUGUGUAGCCCCAUAACUCACCUCACUGCUACCCUCUCUACACACCUCCUCUCACCCUUUCUUUCUCUUUUAGGUCCUGUCUUCCGUUGGUGUUGCUCGUAGACUAGUUAGGGUUUUCUGGAGGUUGUUGGUUCAGGGUACUGUGGGAGGAGACCACUGAGCUGUGAAUAUGUUUUAAGGCAGAGCCAAAAAGACAUUAAACAAACAGAUGGACUUUUUUUUUUUUUUGCCCUCUACCUCUUUGGGAAUAUCAUACAGAAGAAUUUAAUAUAACGUUGUCUUUUCUUGCCAGAACAAUUGUCAAAGAUUUCAGCUGCAGAAUUAAACACUGAGAAAAUGCUCCCUUCAGUUGAAAGUACACAUCUCUCUUCUCCAAUAGAGGAUCUGCUGAAAAUGAAUUUGUAUGUGGCGCACAAUUUAAAGCUAAAUAGAUGGAAUUGGCAGAAGUCCUGUGUAUGAUUCAGAGGAUUUGUGCUCCAUCCAUUCAGCUGUCACUCACAGCCUCUCCUCCUCUUUAUUUCCCUUACAUGUGCACAUACAGUAGACAUCUGCACAAACACAAACACAUACACACACACUCAAGCCAAUACACACGUCUCCUGGCUGUAUUAGCACAGACAGUCAUGGUCCUAUCAUGUUUCAAACAUCUGUACAGUUUUUACUGGGACAGCGUCUAGAUACACAUCAAUACAUUUACAUGUAUCCCUCGCUCUCUUUUGCUCUCUUUCAGACGUAUGAAAACAUUGAACACAAAGUUGGUGCACUGUCUGACCCUCUGCAUACUGUGUUGGCACCAGCUUGUACUGAAGCCAUGCCAUGUUAUUGGAUAAAUAAGACAAAGAUAGGAGGAAAGACGUUUUUGACUGGGAUCUGAUCACUUCCCAACAUACUGGAACACUUGUUUCAGUAACUAGUAAGGUUAGCAGGCUUUAUUUUUGCUUUUGAAAAUUGUGUUCUUUAAGUACUAUACCAUAUAUAUAUAUAUAUGGUAAAUAGUAUUUGCACACAGUCAGUUCUCCACUAGAUCUCCUAAUAAUUGGUGAUCUGUCGCUACCUCUGUUCAAUGUAAAUGUUUGCAAAGAAUUAGCAGGCUGUUGCAACACAUACAAAGAUCCAAAAAUAUAUACUUUGCAACACUUUUUUCAUGUUUUAGUAUUUAUAGUGUUGUCUGAGUUCACAUUAAACCAUUUAUCACAUCACUGGACAACACCUGAUCACUCACACACACACACACAGAUACAAGGGGAGGAGACAAAAUAGCCAUAAUACAGAGAGAGUUGUGGAGGGAGAGCAUGAGUAGCUAGUGUAAAUGUUAACAGCUUUUUUUCUCAAACCUUUUCUGGGGCUGUGAGUAAAAAGUGAGUGUGAACUCAAAGAGAGGGGGGAAAUGCAUUUUUGUUUUCUUCGUUACCUCCCUAAGCCACCAUUGCACUGUUUUGUAUAAACUAACCAUGAAACAUCACCAAGCUGAAACCGUCACACCACUACUUUGAGAGAUAUUACCCUGAUAAUAAAAUAUGUUUUAAAUCUCAGUCAUACUGUUUAAUUUAUGACGCUGCUCUUUUAUCCGCUGUCUUUUUACGCCAUAAAGGGAGCUUAAAGGGACACACAUGCAUCACCGCAGACUUGCUCUUGCUGUCCUCCACGUGUAAAUAUUAAUUUUGCAAGCUAACUACAACAUCAGCAGUUGUCAUGGGCUGUGAAAGGGAAAAACUGUUUUUCUCCAGCAAGGGCUUUUAAUUUUUAAAGGACAGGAGCACACAAGGGCUUUUUAUGCUCAGCGCUGCAGCAGCAGCGUCGUUUUAAAGGGUAUUGUGUGGAAGGAAAGGUAAAGUACAUUUGCACAGGAACGACUGUUUUUAAACCAGCUGAGUAGCUAACUAACGAUAUAACACGCUUCAUGCAAAAAGAGAAGCGGAGGAAGAGAAAUAGACUCUUCUAAUCAUGUUAGCUACAGGUUAGUCUUUAGCUGCUUUUUCUGUCUAACUUUAGGUUAGAUGGGUAACUUUCUGAAGUAAUUAGAGAUAAAGAGUAUUGCCUUAAGCCGAGGUAGGAUACUUUUGGUUAAGAAUUAUUUGAUUUAGCUUAAGGAUUAAACAUAUAUUAGCAAAAUAUUGUUAAUCAAACUUGGUGCCAAAUAUUACUCAAAAUGUUUCCUGUAUAUCAUGGUCUCCAGGUUAGCUUUAGAUUAUUGGUUCACUACUCUAAGUACUCUUUUUUUUUUUUUUUUGCAUAGGGUUUCCUGCAGUAUACUCACAGCAGUGGUAGCUAUGUAGCUCAGCACAUCCGUGGCCCCUAUAGGGGUCAGAAUUCAGAACCGCAUCCAUGAGCCAUGUCAACAUUAAUCUUUCAAACCAUGCAUGCCAUAUCCAUCCGCUUCCAGUGCGUACAUUCGCUCUAUAUCUCUAAUCCAGUCUCAAAUGGCACCCUAAUCUCUAUACUCCGUAAGGGACACUGGACUGCUACAUUUAAGACGCCUUACAAGGGUGUGUGGGCCCGUAAGCCUGUGCCGUGUUUAACAAUGUUUACUCCAAUAGAGCACAGGGUGCUUUUUGAGACUAGACCUCUGUCUAUCUCUUCUUACCGCCAUACAGCUUUGAUACUCUGAUAUCAACAACAAAUAAUUGUAUUAUUAGUAAAAAAAUAUAUAUAUAUAUAUUCUACUCUAAAGGUGCCACUGUGCAGAGGAUGACAAACUCUGUCACAUAUUAUAGUUAUUAAUCUAUUAAUGGGGGGUUUAGUGGAAAGGGAGCAGAGUUGGGAAGCAGGGAUCGUAGUCUUUGUAAUAUUAUAUUAUUCUAGUUUCAUUUUCUACUUUGAUGUGGUUUGUGAGAUUGUGUCGUUUAAUCACAUCUGAAGCCUCUGACGGGAGGAGAGGAAGAGACAAUGGAGCGCUCGGACGAUCUGUCGUGGACAUUAACCUCACCUCACUGGUGCCAGAGGUCAACUUUACAGUUUUUCAGCGGGACAUUCAACACUGAAAGUGCAAUACACACACACACACACACACACACACACACACAUACAUGCAUUCAAAGUAAGGUUUCUAUACCUUUGAGGACCUAUUCACCAGACCAAACUUUGUUACCUGGAUACAGAAAAUAAUGCAAUCUAAUACAGAAGUCUGUAAAAACAAAUACUUUAUAACGCUUCAAAGUAUCCACUUUUGUCAAGACUGACAGAGGCAACAUAAUAGAAACAGUUAACACUAUAAUACAACUCAACCACAGCCUCAAAAAUACCAUAGAUUUGAACCACAGCCUCUUCAACAGUGUCACCAAAACAACGACUUUUGAUUUCACAGAAGUAAUGUUUUUGCAGGACUUCCAUGAUAGAUUGUUUUUCAUUGUACAGGGGUUGGUUUUGCUGUUUGCACUCGUAUGUAUUCUUUAAAAUAAAACCAAAAUGUAUUACAAAUGUAGCAAAUUGAGAUAUUAAUAUUAUUGCAUUAAUAAUGUGCUCUGAACAAUGCCCAUCCUUACCAAAUCGUAACUAUGACCUAACUUACUUAAAAAAGGGACCCUAAAAAAAGAAAUGUGUGCGAUAUAGGUCCUCAUGAGUAUAGAAACCCAAGAACACAACACAUAGCAAUACACACACUCAUUAAUGGUCACAAACAUAUACACUGACAUUCAUUUAUGCACAGAUACACGCACUUACACAACACACACUCGCAACUUCGGCCAGUGCAGUGUGUGGAUAAAUGUGUCCUGUUAAAAGAAAAAUCACUGUGUCAUGUUUGGAAAAAAAAUCAUUUUAAGUGUUUCUUUUGUAGAAAAA